AUGACUCUGCUACAACCAUCACCAAGCGACAUAAAUAUAAGCAUCAAUGAGUCUCGUAUUACCUAUUAUCAUCGAUUCCUUGAUCAGGUUAAUAACUGGAUUAAAUGGUAUGAUGAAAUGAUAGCAGUUCUCAUUCAUAUCGUCUAUUGGCUGAAAAGUUUUCAAAUCGAAAAUGCAAUAUCAUUGUACGCAGAUUUACAUCAAGCAAGAGAUAAAUCAAAAAUAACAAUUGCAGAGAUGAAAGCGCUUGUUCAAAAGACUGUUGCACUUGUUCAACCAUUCAAGGAUCUUCGAAGACUUUGCAGCAUGAUGAAUUGUUUAAUUCCAUUCCAAGUUCUCAGUCCAGCAGUGAUCAAUCAAAAACAUACAUCUUCAAAAUUUAUUGAACAAACAAAACGUUCUCAGCCAGAUAAUUCUUUUAAGAUUAUGCCUCAGCAAAAGUCGUUUCGUGAUAUUAAAAUUCAAGAACGGCAACAUAUUCAAUGGUUUAUCGCCAGUGAAAUAUUAGAAAUCACUGUUCAAGUCACAUUUACUUCAGACGAUAAUCAUGGAAGAAUGGAAGUGCUAUCUUUGGGUAAUAAAGUUAGUGUGGAGAGACAUACGGUGGAAGGCGAAUUUGAAACUUUAAGCAGUGGGAUAUUGACAAUAGAAGUUAAUAACGAAAAAGGACGCGCUGAGAGAGUGGUUUGGUUUAGGGUUAAACAAGCUUUAUUAUCGAAAUCUCAUCUUUUUGAAGGAAUUCUCAAUAUGAUAUACUCGUCAUCUUAUGGUGGAAACGGUCGCAUUGCUACUGAAAGAGACUUGGCUACAGUUUUGGAGCGAGCUUUUCACUUUAUUGAUAGUCUUUUGAAUGGACGAAUGAAAUUGAAGGAUAUGGUCGAUUUGAAGGCUAUCUUUUGCAACAAGAAUAUUAAUGUUCGUGAUGAAGUAAAAAAGUUAUUUUCCUAUCGUUUGAUAGCCAAUGCCAAUAACCAAAAAGAACCGACAAACAACGCUGAAGCUACAGAACAAGAAAUCGAACAAAUCUGCGAAUGGUUGCAGAUUUAUCAAUAUUACAGUUACAUCAACAUCAUUGUUACUUGUGUACAGAGAUUCAACAUUAUUUCAAAUGAAAAUGCCGAUGAAACGAUUAAUUCAAUCAUACACUUAAGUGACGAAAACUGUUCGCUAAGAGAGAUUACUGAAAAGUAUCGAAGUCUCAAACAACGAUUUCGAAAAUUAACCAAUCAACAUUUACAACUGAUUAAAACAGCAUCCGAAUGUCCGAAUGUUAUCCAAAUGAUGAGAAAAGCCGACUUGUACACAAUUCAUGGAAGACGUCGAUUUCAAGAACUACGAGAUAAUUUAACAACACAAUUUCAACUCCAGGAAAGAAACAACAUGAUUCUUAAUUCGUGGAUCAUCAUCUACGGACUUUGUGAACCUUUUACAAUGAAAGCAAGAACUCUUGAAGAUUUCGUUGACAAUGUAGCCAAGUUACCUUACUUCGAAGAUACUCCAGUGACACACAUGCAAAGUAAGGAAUUCAUCUAG